UAAGCGGAAGCUGAGAGAGGAGUGGCUCGGACAGGGGGAUUUUCAGCCUUGGUUGUCCAGAGUGGAUGGUGACGACACCAAGGCAUUUUGUAAUAAAUGUCAGAAAACAUUUGAUGCUGGACUAACCACAAUAAAGAGGCACAUGGAGAGCAAAAUUCAUGGUGCUAACAUGGCUAGAGAAAAUGUUCGUCCUCCACACCACCAUGACUUGGACCGGUCUAUAGCAAUAGCAAAGAUUUUGAUGCUUUGCUUCAUCGCGGAGCAUAACCUCCCAUUUCUUUUGGCGGACCAUUUCACUGAACUGUGCAGGAACAUUGUUCUUUUCAUGUGCAGGGAUUGUGCUAUUUCAGAGUCAGGAAACAAGUGCAGCGAAAUGGCUAAACAAUUUGGUAAUAAAAUUCAUGAUGAUGUUGUCUCACAGCUUAGGAUUAAUAAAUUUUCAUUAGUGAUAGACGAGACAACUGAUGUAAGUACCACCAAAUGUUUGUCAGUGCUUGUGAAAUAUUUUGAUUCACAUGGAGGAACUAUUAAGACCAGGUUGCUAGAUUUGAUUGAUGUAUAUGAAAACCAUUCCUCAAAUGUAGGCUCCAGUGGAGAGUCAUUGUUUGAAAUGAUUAUGCACAUCUUAAACUCAAAUAACAUUCCAUUAAAUAAUUUGGUAGGUUUGGCAGCGGAUGGGGCCUCCAAUAUAAUGGGGGCAUACAAUUCUCUGUCCAGCAGGUUGAGGCAACACCUUCCAGACCUAAAAAUAUUCAAGUGCAUUUGCCAUUCGAUACAUCUUUGUGCUUCAGAGGCUUCCAAAGUGCUUCCCAGACAGUGCGAGGACUUUCUGAGGAAUAUUUACACUCACUUUUCUCACAGUGCCAAACGUAAAUAUGAAUUUCUGCAAUUUCAGAAACUUUUCUCUCUAAAACUCCACAAACUUCUUCAUGUAUCACAGACGCGAUGGCUAAGUCUCCACCAAGCAGUAGAAAGGGUCUUGGAGCAGUGGGAGGCUUUGAAGCAGUACUUUGUAAGUAUAGAAGGAGUGGAGAAGCUUAGGUCCAUAAACCUAAUAGUAAAUGAUCUCAACGAUCCCUCAAUCUAUGCAUAUUUUAAUUUUUUAAACUUUAUUUUACCUUUUUGCAAUAAUUUCAAUCUCUUGUUUCAAAGGGAGACACCAACAAUAUAUUUAGUUCAUUUUCAUGUUAACAGGCUCUAUAAAAAUACUAUCCAAUAUUUUUGCCGUAAUGAAAUUGUUAACAAAUCAAAAAUAGAACAUUUUGAUCCAAGCCAGGAAGUGAACCAUAUACCACUCAGCAAUAUUUAUUUAGGGGAUUCAGUUCAUACGCUACUGCAAAAAGAGGAAUACUAUAAAAACGUAGAUAUGGUCGCUGAUAUCAGGAGGAGAUAUAGAUUGUUCAUGAUAAAGCUGUGUGAAGAAAUAAAAAAAGAGGUUUCAGUUACAGGAUGA